AUGGGUCGGCUCGACCGGAGUGAUACCACGGCCUCACAGAAGACCGGCGUGAAACAACCACAGCGUUGUGUUUCGCCAUUUAUGAGCGGAGCAGGCACAGAACUACUUGUUCUAGGGUACGACGUAGCGCCAGGUCUACUGGUGGGUGCAGCUCUAGUCCUGAUUCUGGAGACGAUGUGGGUGGCAGCACUGUUCGUGGACCUGCUCUGCAGGCGUGGGGAGUACACCCUGUCACUGCGCUGCUGGGACUUCACGAGGUGGUCCUGUGGCCGCGCUCGCGCUGCCAUGUACGCUUGUGGCGCCACCGCACUGCUCUUCGCUCAUCUCACAUUGUUUGCUACCAUUUCAGGCGGCAUGCUCCUGGUCCUAGCAGCUUUGAGAGCAGCGGUACCCUUCUCCCCAUACGCGACACAUGGACCUCACUCCCCAAGAGCUGGCAGCUCACUGCUGAGUCAGCAUGACUCGCCGCUACCUGACGUGUUCUACAACGCGGCACAUAAUGAAGAAGACAGAUCAGAAGAGAUGACAGUUCUAGAUAUGAGGACUACGGACAGAUCGCGGUCAACGACCCCAAAGCCACCGCUACUGAACUUUGAUUCGUGAAAUAUGUUCAAUCGAGACUAGACAACGUUAGUUAAUAAAUAUCGCCUUUGGCAACACCGUUAUGCUACAUAUACUUAUGAACAACUUGACGCUGGC